GGUAUAGAAGAAAUCACUCUUUCUGCCAUUUUCAUUCUCCUCUGCCUCGUCUUCAAGUAAGUGAUUUCUCUGCAUUCCUGUUUAUCGAUCGAUGAUGUUUCAUAUGCGAAAUUAUUGUCUGCUUACGAUUAUUGAUAGAUUCUGCAACAAAUUUGUAUUGAAUCCGUAAUUUGUGCAAUUGGUAUGGUGAGGGUUUCGAUUCCCCCAAAUUCAUUCCUCCGUCGAAACCCUAAAUCUGUCCAAAUUCGAGUGCGAAGCUUUAGUCUUCAAGAAAAAACGCAGCAGCAAACUGAUAACCACCUUGAAUCUUCUUCUCAUAGUCGAAUCGUUGAGGAAAAUAGCUCAUUGAUGAAAAAUCCCCAAAUUCAGAGCCCGAGGGUUUGUUCGAUCGCGGGAGAAGUAUCUAAAUUCAUCAGAACUCGUUCCAAAUGGGAACCAACUCUUUCAACUGAGUUUCCUGAUGUGAAUUUUUCAGAUCCUAAUGUUUACAAUGCAGUUUUGAGACAGGAGAUUGAUGCCUCCCUAUCCUUCAGAUUCUAUUCAUGGCUUCGAUCCAUCGACGUCGCCGAAUUCGAUUCCGAUUUCUGCAACAUUGUGUUUUCUAGGCUACUUGAUGCCAAUGCUGUCAAUGCUGCUAGAGAUUUUCUCAACAAAGCUAAGUUUGAGCCCGAGCCGCAGCAUUUGGAAACAUACAUUCGAUCCCUCUGUAAAAACAGUUUGAUCGAUGAAGCUCUUGUUGUGUUCGAAUGGCUGAGAAGUAUCGGUUAUAAUGUGUCGUUGGGAACAUGGAAUUCGGUGUUGUUGGAUUCGGUGCGAAGCAAGAAAAUCGACAUUGUUUGGAAGUUGUAUGGAGAAAUGACGGAGAGUGGCGUUGUAGCUGAUGUGAAGACGAUCGGAUGUUUGAUUCGAGCGUUUUGUUUGGACAACAAUCCCGGGAAAGGUUACAAGCUUUUCCGGCAGAUCUUGGCGGCGGGGCACGUUCCGGAAAACGUUGUUUUCAAACACUUGGUAUCUGCGCUUUGUCGGAAUCGUAGUUAUGGAAAAGUCCAAGCUGUUCUUCACGCAAUGGUCGCGAAGAAUCAAGCGCCCGACGUCUACACUUACCGAAAACUGAUCGUCGGAUUGUGCGACGGAGGAAUGGUCGACGACGGUUUUCGUAUCUUCAACGAAUUGAGAACCCGAGGCUACUCUCUCGAUAUCGUCAUGUACACGACGAUGAUUCGCGGUCUAUGUCGAAACAAGAAUCUCGGAGACGCAAGAAAGCUCUGGUCCGAGAUGAUCGACGGCGGAAUCGCUCCGAACGACUACUCCUACAAUGUUUUAAUCGAUGGGUUAUUCAAGAACGGCGAUAUCGAUGAAGCGGAGAAGCUUUAUGGAGAAAUGCUCGACGGGGGAUGCGGUGGGACUGCCGUAACCUACACCACGAUGAUAAACGGGCUGUGCUCGAACGGGAAAUUGGGGGAGGCUCGGAGGAUGUUCGACAGCAUGGACGAAAACGGCGUUGAGCGGGACUCCGUAACGUACAAUGCGAUGCUUAAGGGUUAUUUUCGGGGACAUAACGUAAGCGAGGAAGGCGUAAACUUUCUCAACGAGGUAUUGAGUCGCGGGUUCCGGCCGACGACGGCGUCGAUUGCGUUGGUGAUCGAGAAACUUUGCGACGAUGGUUUUGCAACAGAGGCGGAGAGGCUUUGGCUCGGGAUGGAGGGUCGGGGGGGCUUCGAAAUGCCGAUUCGAUCGAUGGAUUCAAUUGCGGCAGGGCUGGGUAAGGAGGGGUUAUUGCAAGAAGGUGUGAGAUGGUUAGGACAUAUGAUUUGUAAGGGAAUUAGGCCUAAGAUUGGAAGGUUCGAGGAUGUUUUUGAAAGGAUGUUCGAAGGUGGGAAGAUUGGCGAUGGUGAGUUUGUUUUGGGCUAUGCUUUGAAGAUGGGGUUUUGUUCUUUGGAAACUUUGGCUGCCAUUGUUAGAUGAAUGAACGAGGCUCUGAUCACACACAGGUUGUUUUACUUUUUUUUAAAAAAUAAAAUAUCGAUAUUUAAUGUGAUAAUUUAGAGAAAAUUGAUACUUUUGGGUCCGUGGAAGCCGUCACAUUUUAAUUAUCUUUUUUU